CGAGACAACAUAAACAAAGGAAGGAAAAAAUAAUUUCCCGAGCGCGAGGCAAUCUCCCAUCUCCCCUUUGGCUGUUGGGAGAGCAAGAAAACUCUGCAAACUUGCUAUAGACCUGCUGAAUAAGCCCUCUACUUCGGCGCCUACUCUAGGGUUUCUCCACUUCCCCCCUUCUUCUCCAAUUCGCAUAUCUCAGUUAUUUGCAGGAUUUAAUGGAUUCACCCGAACGUGGCAGAAGCGAUUCGAAGCGAGAUGUAGGUGAUAGUUCGGACAUAAAGAGUGAUAGGGCAGGAGAUGAUGAAGAUAUGGAGGGAAGUGAUAAAAGGAAGUAUAGGUCAAGCAAGUCUAGAAAGUUGAGCAAUGGGGAUGAAGGUGAUGGAUUGGAUGGCAGUGGGAGGCGGAGAAGUGGUGGUGGGGACAGAAGCGAGAACCGUAAGAGGUCAGGUGGUGGAAGCUCUAGCAAGGUUGAGAGUGACGAGGAUGAUUAUGAGGCUCGGAAAGAUGUGAGGUCUAAACAAGCGAAGAAGAAACAAGAAGAGAGUAGCUUGGAGAAGUUGAGUAGCUGGUACCAAGAUGGAGAGUUAGAAACUAAGGGAGAUAAGUCUGGAGGUAAAGCACACGGGCCUCGUGCUGAUGAAAGCGACAGAAGGAAGUCGACUUCAAAGGUUUCUGAACAUGAAAGUUCUAAGGGUGGAAGUAAAAGCAAAGAUGAAAGAUCGGUGGAUGGAGAACAUGAGAAGGCACUGGAUAAAGAAGCAAAGCAUUCUGAGAGGAGAGAGAGCAGUCGAGAGAAGGGUCAUGGCUCUUCUGAACAGGGGAAAACCUCAAGGAAGAAAUUGGAUGAAUCAGAUCCUGAUAGGAAAGCUGAAGAUAAUGAAAAUGCUGACACGAGAGCGGGCAAGUCUUCUGAUUACAAUCAUGAGAACCCCAAAGAGAAAAGUGCUUCUGCGAAAGCUGAACAAAGUGAAACCAAAGGCAGAAAUGUGGAUGUGAGUGGUGAGAAAAUGUUGAUAAGCAUUAGCAAAGAUGAUAAAAGAGUGGAUGGUGAAAGAAGUAAGAGCAAAAACAGAUCAGAAGCUGUAGAGGAAGAUAAUAAAGGUAGUCCUGCCAGUCGUGAGGACAGGUCGAGUCGUGAGAAAACUGAGAAGCAUAGACAGCAGAGGUCUUCUUCUGGUAAGGAUGUUACUGAAAAUCGCGAGAGAUCCUCCCAUUUAGAGGAAGAUGGAAAUAUAUGGACAAGAGAGAAGGGUUCAAGAGAAGUACCCCGUUCUAACAGGUCUCGGACGCCUGAGAGGAAUGAAAGAAAUGCUGAUGUCAGACGACGAGACAAUGAGAAAGAUAAUCACAGGGAUGAUAGAAUAAAAGCCAGGGAUGACAACUGGAGUGACCGGAAUAGAGAGCGGGAAUCUUCAAAAGACAACUGGAAAAGAAGGCAACCAAUUAGUAAUGACAGAGAUUCAAAAGAUGGAGAUGUUAUGUAUGAUCGUGGGAGAGACUGGGAGCAGCCAAGACAUGGUCGGGAAAGGAUUGACAAUGAAAGGCCCCAUGGUCGAAACAGAGGUGAAGCUGUAAAAACCUCAUCGAAUUUUGGUAUCUCAAACGAGAAUUAUGAUGUUAUAGAGAUCCAAACCAAGCCUCUCGAUUAUGGACGGCCAGAUUCUGCUUCCAACUUUGCUAGGAGAAGUGAGACUAGUCAUGACACAAAAUCAGCAACCAAUGUUGAGGGUAGAAGGCAUGAUUCAUAUGGGUCUGGAUCUGCAGCUGAGGAUUCUAGAGAGAGAUAUGGGGAUGAUCCUACAUCAAUGCAGGAUGCUACUUCAUGGAGAGAAGACAAUGAAAGCCAAGGAGGAAAAGGAAGAGGCCAGAAGGGCACUUUCUCUGGUCGUGGUGGUUCACAACCUCCAUAUGGAAACCAGGAUCAUGGUUCCUUUGGCAGAGCUCUUCCACAGGGUGUAAAAGGAAAUAGGCUGGGCAGAGGAGGAAGAGGGAGACCUAGUGGGAGAGACAAUCAACAGGUUGGACUUCCAUUGCCCAUAAUGGCCUCUCCUUUUGGACUUGGGCCUCCACCUCCUGGUGCAUUGCAGCCGCUUGGACCUGGUAUGUCACCAGCUCCAGGCGCUCCGAUCCCCCCUGGAGUUUUUAUCCCAUCCUUUUCACCACCUCUUGUUUGGCCAGGUUCUCGUGGAGUUGACAUGAAUUUACUUGUUGCUCCACCUUCUUUAUCUCCUAUCCCUCCUGGACCUUCAGGCCCAAGAUUCCACCCUAAUUUAGGGACUCCAGCAUCAAACCCUGGUAUGUUUUUCAAUCAGGCAGGAGCUGGAAGAGGAGUUGUGCCUGGUAAUAUGCCUGGUCCUGCCUUUAAUGCUUCAGGGCCAGCAGGACGCGGGGCUCCACCAGAUAAAACCCCUGGGGGCUGGGCACCUUCUAGAGGUGGUGGGCCUCCUGGUAAAGCUCCUUCGAGGGGUGAGCAAAAUGACUACUCCCAGAAUUUUGUUGAUACUGGUAUGCGACCUCAGAAUUUUAUUAGGGAGCUGGAGCUGACUAAUGUUGUGGAGGAUUAUCCAAAACUCAGAGAGCUUAUACAGAAGAAGGAUGAGAUUGUGGCUAAAGCUGCAUCUGCUCCCAUGUAUUUACAAGGCGAUCUUCGUGAAAUUGAGCUCUCCCCUGAGUUUUUUGGGACCAAGUUUGAUGUUAUCUUGGUAGACCCGCCAUGGGAGGAGUAUGUUCAUCGUGCUCCUGGUGUUGCUGAUCAUAUGGAGUAUUGGACAUUUGAAGAAAUUUUGAAUCUUAAGAUUGAGGCGAUUGCAGAUACACCGUCUUUCCUCUUCCUUUGGGUGGGGGAUGGUGUGGGUCUUGAACAAGGUCGUCAAUGUUUGAAAAAGUGGGGGUUCCGAAGAUGUGAGGAUAUUUGUUGGGUGAAAACCAACAAAAGUAAUGCAGCACCAGGAUUGCGACAUGAUUCUCAUACUCUAUUUCAGCACUCAAAGGAACAUUGCUUGAUGGGGAUUAAAGGAACAGUUCGCCGAAGCACUGAUGGCCAUAUAAUACACGCCAACAUUGAUACCGAUGUAAUCAUUGCUGAAGAACCUCAAUACGGUUCAACUCAGAAGCCUGAAGAUAUGUAUCGAAUCAUAGAGCACUUCUCACUCGGCCGAAGAAGGCUCGAACUCUUCGGUGAGGAUCAUAACAUCAGAGCUGGCUGGUUGACAGUUGGUAAAGAACUAUCAUCAUCAAACUUCAGUUCUGAGACAUAUGUGAAGAACUUUGCCGACAAGGACGGAAAAGUCUGGCAAGGAGGUGGUGGCCGGAACCCUCCCCCAGAGGCACCGCAUUUGGUAGUAACCACGCCAGAUAUAGAGUCGCUUCGGCCAAAAUCGCCAAUGAAGAACCAGCAGCAGCAAUCAGCCUCGAUUUCUCUGACAGCUGCUAAUUCGUCCAGCAGGCGACCACCUGCUGCCAACUCGCUGCAGAAUCCAGUGGGAUUUACGAUGAACCAAGAGGCGCCUAGUUCGAACCCUUCGACAGCAGCUCCGUGGGGAGGACCACCUCCCUUGGAAGGAGGGUUUCGAGGGGGAGAAGGUAUGAAUAUGGCGCCUCCGGAUGAGAAGAUUUUUGAAAUGUAUGGAUUUAGUGGCCCUCCUAAUGGAGAGUACCUAGAUUUUGACACUCACAGACCGAUGAAUUUGUUGUAACAAAAACGCCAGGCUUUGUUGUAAUUGUAACAUUUCUGUGCAAUUCUUUCUCCAAGUUAGAAAUAUAAAUGAAAGAGAGCAAGCAGAAUGUGUAUCAGCAUGGCACGGUAGAAGCCAAAUUGACGCCUAGAUCGGAACAAAUUUGCACCGAAGGUACUUCAAGUUCGUUCUGAUCAAGAAUUGACGCCCAGAUCGAUUCAGAUUGAACCAAAAGGUAGUUCAAUUUGGUCAGAUUCCGAAAAUUCGGAUUGUAUCGAAUCAGAUCAAAUAUGUUUACAAACAGAUGCCGAUCCUUAUUGAGUUGAUUCGAGAUGCCUGUAUGCAGUCUUGGAUCAAUUUGGG